UCAGAAGAAUUUGGCUGAGGAUGAUUAAACCUGGUGGUUGAAUGAACACUUUGAAAAACACACUGGCGGGCUAAUGGUUUAAUUUGCUGAGGUGCUGCUGUUUCUAAUCAAAGCAUUUUCCUUCGGUGACUUCUGGGUCACAAAGGGAGAGGGUGUGGGAGGUGCACUGACUGGAAUAAACUAGCCCUCCUCAAACAGGCUAUCGCAGGAUCUGGAUGGGAAUAAGAUCCUUGUCUCCUCAAACACGUCUCAUCUCCAACAGUACAACAGAGCUGUGCUGAGGACAAGGCUGCACGAGGGACAAAUAUAUCAGUGGGACUCCUCUUAACAGAAACUGACUGACAUCCUCAGGCAUUUGGAAGAAGGAAAUCAGCCCACUUCCUCCUUUUCACGAGAUCGAAAGGACUGAUUCCUUACUCAGCGUUUGACACAAGCUCUAAAACCAUGAAGCUCAGAAUGGGGAAGUUUUGCGGAGUUUUGAUUUGAAUCCAGCCAGACAAUAAAUCAAUGCGUGGGCCGCACAGCUCAGAGAGGUGCCUCAAUCAAUCUGCACGAGAGGUUCAGAAGGCAGCAGUGUGCCAGUGGAGGUCUCCACAAGUGUAUGAAGACCAUCCGAAACUAUGAAUGGAAUUGCGAUCUUCACCUUCUUCAUGGCUCUGAUGCUCACACAGGAUGACUCGACGAAAGGAAAUGCUUCAUCUUUCCAGUCAACCCAGGAGACGGAAACGAACCAGGAGACGCCAGAAUACAUGGCAGAAGGAAGUCCAGAAACUGUGGGCCAGACACGAGACAGAAUAGUGUCAGCACAAUUUGAGUGCUACUUAAAGAUCAUCAGUGACCCACCAUAUGGGAAAGAAGGUUCCUACUGUAACCGUACCUGGGAUGGAUGGCUGUGCUGGGAUGAUGCUUCUGCCAAAUCGAUGUCUGCACAGCAUUGCCCUGAUUACUAUCAGGUCUUUGAUCCUGCAGAAAAGGCAACCAAGAUCUGUACUGAAAAUGGGAAGUGGUAUCGACACCCUUCAAGCAAUCGGAUAUGGACCAACUACACCCAGUGCACAGCCCAAACCAUGGGCCAGGUCAAGACAGUAUGGAAUCUCUACUAUUCGGCUAUUACAGGUCAUGUGAUUUCUAUCAUCUGCUUACUCCUUGCCUUGUCUAUCUUCUGCUACUUCAAGAGUCUCAGCUGCCAGCGGAUCUCACUGCACAAAAACCUCUUCGUAUCAUACAUCCUCAACUCCAUCGUCAGCAUCAUUUGGCUGCAGGUUGUAGCCAAUAACCAGGAUUUGAUAUCGAGGAACCCUGUUGACUGUAAGGUGUUAAACUUCAUUCAUUUGUACCUGACAAGCUGCACUUACUUCUGGAUGCUUUGUGAGGGAAUCUACCUGCACACUCUCAUCAUCGUGGCUGUGUUUGUGGAGCAGCAGCAGUUAUUCUGGUACUACAUACUUGGAUGGGGGUUCCCACUGAUUCCAGCCAUUAUACACGCAGCUGCCAGAAGCAAAUAUUUCAACGACAAUUGCUGGAUCAGUUCAGGCACACAUCUCCUCUACAUUAUUCAUGGCCCAAUAUGUACGGCCUUAUUGGUCAACCUGUUUUUCCUACUCAACAUUGUUCGAGUCCUUAUCACAAAGCUGAGGGUCACCCACCAGGCGCAGUCGAAAGCCUACAUGAAGGUGGUACGAGCCACAUUGAUUCUGGUGCCAUUGCUUGGCAUUCAGUAUGUGCUGGUUCCAGCAAAGCCCAAGGGGCACAUUACUGGAGAGAUUUAUGAACAUGUGAUGCACAUCUGUCUACAUUAUCAGGCGAUACCGGUGACAACGAUAUUCUGCUUUUAUAAUGGCGAGGUGCAAAGUGCGUUUAAAAGGCAGUGGUCACAGUACAAGGUCCAAUGCAGCCACCAAUUAACAAGCACAGAUAUCUCACACUCCAAUGCUACGUCCGUGACAGAGAUUGCAAGAUAUUUGCUCACACAGCCCUCGAAUAGCAACCACCUCAACAGCAAAAGCUGCCCUGAGGCUGCUGCAGUGAAAGUGCCAGGUCUCCACCCGUGAAGGAAAAUGAAGACCACCACCAGAUCUUUCAGGCUUUCUUCAAUAUCUUCGCAGUAGAGAGAGAGAAAUGGCUUUCCUUUUUAUACAGCAUGACCUUAUGGCUUUGGAAUCUUUUGGUGGUCUAAUUACAAGGAAUUGUUGGAGCUUUAA